CAGUAGGAAUUAGGAAUGUAUUUUUCAUCUACUAUAAGUACAUACUACCGCUUCUUAUGUAAUGAAUUAAUUAAUUCAUUCUUAAUCAAUAGAUAGCCUGCGAUCAACCAUGGAGGGUCGCACUACAAUGGAGUGGCGGUGGAAUCUGGACAUAGACACAGAAGAUGAUCCCGAUCUCGAAAGGUCUCUAGUUAGUAUAUAUCUGGACGGGAAUGCUUCAUAUGAGAAAACAUGGUGGAUUAUGGCAGAGAGCGGCCGCGGCAACAAGAAGCUUCUGUAUAAGAUAGAGGACUAUGUUGACGUUUGUGAUAAAUGUGUGGAGAAUAUUGACUUGAAGAAAAUCCUCCACGGAGGAACCGAAGAAGAACAAGAAGAAUUCAUCACCUUGAUUACAGAAAAAGUUCUCUCCCCGCUGGAGCCAGCGGUCUGCUGGGGUGGACUAAGAUGCUUCGCCCGCGUUUUAUUAACUGAAUGUCGAGAUCAGCUUAAUGAUAAACUGAGUCUCAUCAAUAACAAUUGCUCAAAAUUGUUCUGGUUUGGUGUGGGUGUAUCUAUACACUUGUCUUUAAUUCUGACAGUUAAGGACUUGAUCAGUCUCGAAGAAUGUCUGCGGCAAGGGGAUCCAGACAGUUUUGAUGUUUACGGUCCAUCGUCUCCAAUGCCUCUACCGAUGAUAGUUCCCAAUGGCUAUGACUUCUAUCAGCUUGGCGGUGACGAAGAGGAAGGAGAAGAGGAGAAAAGAUGUGCAAUUUGUUUUGAGAACUACGGAUCCUCGUCCUCCGAGAUUGCGAUGGUUCGCCUCCAAUGUCUGGAUGAUGAGCUUCUCCCCGCUCCGGGGGAGCAUUUGCACGAGGCUACUGGAGCAAUGUUGUUGCCAUGUGAUCACAUAUUCCAUGUAAAUUGCAUCUCCAACUGGUUGUUGAGAUCACCAUCCCAUUGUCAUACUUGCCCUUUAUGCAGGUUUUCCGUCCCUUCCCGUCCUCUCGUACUCUCUCUUCUACAUUUCUUUCCUCUAAAAGUGAUGAACUCAAAUCUUGAGUACAUCAAGCUUGAAUGUUGAUUAAGCUAGGCCGACCCACCAACUCCACUAUGCGUGAAUUCCAACCGUCUUGCAAGCUUCUAAUCGAACACCUUCCGGGCAGAAGAGAUCUUCCAUGGUCUCUUGUGCAAGUUUUAAGUUCGCAU